GCUCGGGCCCGUGCUUCUGCCCCUGUCCCGCACUCUCCCGGGGCCCCCACACUUGCACACGCACACCCGGGGCUCCGCCACCAACCCCCUCCUCCACGGGGCCCGGCGGGCUGCGCUCGGGGCUGGUUAGGUGCCCCCGCCCGGGCCCGGGGGGCUCGCAGCUGGAGUUACAAAGUCGCCGCGCGCGCCGCGCAGACCCGGGCCGCGGGGGGCGUGGACGGUGUGUGUCUGUGUGUGUGUGUGUGUGUGUCUGUGUGUGUGUCUGUGUGUGUGUGUGUAACGGGCAGCUCGGAGCAGCCGCGUCGCCCCCCACCCAGCGUGGCGCCCCCGGGCCCGGCCCAGCGCCGCCGCCGCCGCCGCCGCCGCCGGGGACCUGAACCGGGGCGCGGCGGGAGCCCGGAGCCCCGCGCCCCUAUGCACCGCCGCGCCGCCGCCGCCGCCGCGCCCCAGCUAUGACCCUGAGCACGGAGAUGUCCGAUGCCUCGGGCCUCGCCGAGGAGACAGACAUCGACGUGGUGGGGGAGGGCGAGGACGACGACGACGACGAGGACGACGACGACGACGAGGGCAGCCCCCGGCUGGGUGGCCCCGCGCGGCAGCGGCGGCGGCGGCGGCGGCGCUCGUACGCCGGGGAGGACGAGCUGGAGGACCUAGAGGAGGACGAUGACGACGAUGACAUCCUGCUGGCCCCGCGCGCGGCGGGCUCCCCAGCGCCCCCGGGCCCGGCCCCCGCGGCCGGAGUCGGGGUCUGCGGCGCGGGCGGCGCAGGCGGCUCGGGCUGCGGCGGCGGGGCCGGCGGCGGCGGUGCCGGCGGCGGCGGCGGCGGCGGCGGUGGCGGCGCGGGCGGCGGCGCGGGCGCGGGCGGCGGCGCCAAGAACCCGCUGGUGAAGCCGCCCUACUCGUACAUCGCGCUCAUCACCAUGGCCAUCCUGCAGAGCCCCAAGAAGCGGCUGACGCUGAGCGAGAUCUGCGAGUUCAUCAGCGGCCGCUUCCCCUACUACCGGGAGAAGUUCCCCGCCUGGCAGAACAGCAUCCGCCACAACCUCUCGCUCAACGACUGCUUCGUCAAGAUCCCCCGCGAGCCCGGCAACCCCGGCAAGGGCAACUACUGGACGCUGGACCCCGAGUCCGCCGACAUGUUCGACAACGGCAGCUUCCUGCGGCGGAGGAAGCGCUUCAAGCGGCAGCCGCUGCUCCCGCCCAACGCGGCGGCGGCCGCCGAAUCGCUGCUGCUGCGCGGCGCGGGGGGCGCGGGGGGCGCGGCGGACCCGGCCUCGGCCGCUGCCGCCGCCGCCGCCGCCGCCGCGCUCUUCCCGCCGGUGCCCCCGCCACCCCCGCACGCCUACGGCUACGGCCCCUACGGCUGCGGCUACGGCCUGCAGCUGCCGCCCUACGCGCCGCCCUCGGCCCUCUUCGCCGCCGCCGCGGCCGCCGCGGCCGCCGCCGCCUUCCACCCGCACUCGCCGCCGCCGCCGCCCCCGCCGCCGCCGCCCCCGCCGCCCCCGCCGCACGGCGCGGCCGCCGAGCUGGCCCGGACCGCCUUCGGCUACCGGCCGCACCCGCUCGGCGCCGCCCUGCCCGGCCCCCUGCAGGCCUCGGCGGCCAAGGCGGCCGGCUCGGGCGCCGCGGCUCUGGCGCGCUCGCCCUUCUCCAUCGAGAGCAUCAUCGGGGGCAGCCUGGGCCCCGCCGCCGCCGCCGCCGCUGCCGCCGCCGCCGCCGCGCAGGCCUCGCCCGCGCCCUCGCCCGCCGCCGCCGCCGCCGCCCCGGCCGCUCCCAGCUCCGGAGGGGGCUGCGCGGCUCAGGCGGCCGCCGGCCCCGCCGCCGCGCUCACCCGCUCGCUCGUGGCCGCCGCCGCGGCCGCCGCCUCGUCCGUGUCCUCGUCCGCCGCCCUAGGGACGCUGCCCCCCGGGGCCGCCCUGUCCAGCGUGGAGACCUUUACCGCCCGGAUUUCCAAUUGUUAACGGCGCGCCCCGAGCGCGCGGGCCCAGGAGAAGGUAGGCAUCCCGGCUCCUCGGCCCACCUGGGCGGGUCGGGGCUGCGCCCGGCGCGGCUCCUGCAAGCCGCUCCCCCUCCCCGGGCCCUUUUCUCCCACCCCCUCACCGCUGCAGGUUGCCCCAGGAGACAGUUGGGCGACAGCCCGGGAGCGCUUAGGGGUUGGUGGGUGCCAGUAUUUAUGCAAAGCCGCCGUAGGCUGCAGCCCCGACCCUCUUGGGGAGGAAGAAGGUGCGUGCGUUCCGAGGUCUGCCCUGCCCGGGCAUUGGGGGCUUCCUUGACUUUGAGGAAAUUGAACAACAGCAACAACAAAUCUAAGCCUUUUUUGAGGUCUAGAGAUUCUCAGGUUCAGGCGUUAAAGACUUCAAAAGGUUCAAAUGAAGAAGAAAACAAAAGUAGAAAAGGUCCCGAAGAACGCCAGCCAAGCGAUCCUUUUUGAGGACAUUUGUCGGGUGUACUUUUUCGUGAAAAGGAAAAAAAUGGUUUAAAAUGUUUACAACAAGGAAAAAAGUUCAGAUUAUCCUUUCUUAUUUUAACCUGUGUUUUGUAUCAUAAUAGACAUGCGGAAUUUUAAUUUUGUACUUACUGCGUAUUCUUUACAGGAGUAUUGUAAAUUUUACUGGCGAACUGUUGUACGAUUAUAAUGUAAGAUUUUUACACUUUUUCAGAAAUAAAAUGCUUAAUUUUCAAAGAAAAUCCACCAAAAUAAUUGGAUUCAGUGCCCCUUCUUAGUUUAUGUUCUUUCCUGUUAAUGUUUCUAUGUGAAAUGAGUAGAAGCCUGCUAUAGAACAGACCUAAAUAUUAUUUUCAAAGAGAAUUUAACAAAAGCUUCGUGCCAUGUUUUUUCAGUUACGCUUUCUAAAGCCAAAACCAUUGCAGGAGACCAAAAAUUAUUUUUAACUGACUACCAAUAAAUGAAGUUACUUUGGUAUACAUUUUCAGAUCUCUUCUACUCUAUAUCCAAGAGCCUUAAGGCUGUUUAAAAUUGAAGCCAUAGUAGUUCUAAGAUAAUAGAACUUUU